CUUAUUAGAGUGCUGUCAAAAUGGCUGUUCACUGUGUUGUGGAUGCUAAAUAUGUUGAGAUUCAAAAUGUUAAAGUGUUUAAGCAUUUUGCUAUUAUUUGUCCUGAGAAAGGCAAGAGUAUGUUCGCGACAGUUUUCCAUCCAUCUAAGAAAUAUAUUGUUGAAGAAUAUGGAUUACGUAAUGUUAAUAAGGGUGUUAUAUUUGGCAUGCAGUUGUCUGAAAAUAUUCGCAGCUUACGUAGUACGAUUGACACCUGGUACUCUGUUAUGUUUGACGAUUUCGGUGACGAACACGAUUGUGGUCAUCCUCAUUGUAAGGGCGAGCGUCAGUACGAUGUGCAGUUUUAUGCAAAGGGUGCAGACAAGUGUGCCGUCCUAGCCAGCAUUCUGAAGCCAGCGACCGUUCUCAACCUGGACGAUUUGAAGUGUCCACCGUUUUGCCAGCUGUCCAGUGAACGUCCAGACAAGUGGAAUAAGCCUGUUGCGUACGCCAGAUGGUUGGAGGGGUACCUGAACCAGAAGACCUGCACGACCUGCAUGAGAGAGCGACCGGAUACCAAGAAAGAGCUGACCCAAGAUGAAUGCGAAUGCGGAACCGUCCACUGGAUCGAUUGUGAAGGUGACCAAUGUUGUGGCGACUGCGGAGCUAAACUGUAUCCUGGACCUCGCCCAGUUGGAGAAGACACUGUCGAUGGCCCAGUACCUACCGCAUAGAUUUUCCGGGUUACUCCUGCGGACACUGCACCCCAUGAAAGGUCAUUGUCAGCUGUAUGCUAAUGGACGGAUUACGGUCAACGGCGGCACGUCCAGACGGGAGUCCUGCGCUGUUGCAUCAUUUUACUAGUGUAUUACGUCAGUAUGG